AUGUCUCACGAGCACUCACACGACGGCCCUCAUGGCCACGCGCACUCCCACGAGGGCGGCUUCAAUGCCCAGGAGCACGGCCACUCCCACGAGAUCCUCGACGGUCCUGGAAGCUACCUUGGCCGCGAGAUGCCCAUCGUGGAGGGCAGAAACUGGAGCGAUCGUGCUUUCACAAUUGGUAUUGGAGGGCCAGUUGGUUCCGGCAAGACGGCCCUGAUGCUCGCCCUCUGCCUCGCCCUCCGCGAAAAAUACUCCAUCGCCGCCGUCACAAACGACAUCUUCACCCGCGAGGACGCCGAGUUCCUCACCCGCCACAAGGCCUUGCCCGCCCCGCGCAUCCGCGCCAUCGAGACGGGCGGCUGCCCGCACGCCGCCGUGCGCGAGGACAUCUCGGCCAACCUCGCCGCCCUCGAGGACCUCCACCGCGAGUUCGACGCCGACCUCCUCCUCAUCGAGUCCGGCGGCGACAACCUGGCCGCCAACUACUCGCGCGAGCUAGCUGAUUACAUUAUCUAUGUCAUUGACGUCUCAGGCGGGGACAAGAUCCCGCGCAAGGGCGGCCCGGGUAUCACCCAGAGUGAUUUGUUGGUUGUGAACAAGACGGAUCUGGCCGAGAUUGUGGGCGCGGAUCUGGGUGUCAUGGAGAGGGACGCGCGCAAGAUGCGCGAGGGCGGGCCGACUGUGUUUGCGCAGGUGAAGAAGAAUGUUGCGGUUGAUCACAUUGUCAACCUCAUGCUCAGCGCGUGGAAGGCGAGUGGUGCCGAGGAGAACCGUAGGGCUGCGGGCGGACCGCGGCCUACGGAGGGCCUCGACAGCCUCAAGGCUUGA